CAGUGUUCAGACAUUUGGCGAGUACUCAAGACGUUUUCCGAUCGCGUUUUCGUCGGUUCCGUUAACCAGAGAAUAUUUUUCUCGAUAAUACCUAUAGAUACGAAAUAUAUAAAGAUUCAAGACCAAAGCGACAAACUACAAAAAAAACUGUUCGGUGUGCGGUUUUUGAAGAAUACAAGUCUCUACAUCGAAGUAAUAACUCGAAAAUAAAUUAUUCUUGUCCUGUCAAUAUUAUAAUUGAUUAAAUAGUAAAACCGGCUAAAUAUCCGAAUAUUUUCAACGUUUAUCUGUGCUGUGAAACCGUUUUCCAUCAAAGUUUGGCCGUGAUAAGUGAAAGUUAAUUUUGGCCACGCAAUGUUUCCCAACCAGAACAACGUAGCGGCUUCUGGACAGGGUCCAUCGGCCGAUGGCCAACAGAGCCUCAACUACAACGGACUGCCCGCCCAGCAGCAGCAGCAACAACAGCAAUUGUCACAGUCGACGAAAAAUGUGAGGAAGAAACCGUAUGUCAAGAUCACCGAGCAGCCGGCGGGAAAGGCCCUGAGAUUCCGCUACGAAUGCGAGGGUCGCUCCGCUGGUUCCAUUCCUGGCGUAAAUUCCACGCCGGAGAACAAGACCUAUCCGACAAUCGAGAUUGUGGGCUACAAGGGACGCGCCGUGGUUGUCGUCUCCUGUGUAACCAAGGAUACGCCAUAUCGUCCUCAUCCUCACAAUCUGGUGGGCAAGGAGGGCUGCAAGAAGGGUGUUUGCACACUGGAGAUUAAUAGUGAGACAAUGCGAGCCGUUUUUAGUAACCUGGGCAUUCAGUGUGUCAAGAAGAAGGAUAUUGAGGCAGCACUCAAGGCGCGUGAGGAGAUCCGUGUGGAUCCGUUUAAGACUGGCUUCUCGCAUCGAUUCCAGCCCUCGAGUAUCGAUUUGAACUCGGUGCGAUUGUGCUUUCAAGUAUUCAUGGAGAGCGAGCAGAAGGGCCGAUUCACCUCGCCCCUGCCACCGGUUGUUUCGGAGCCCAUCUUCGACAAGAAGGCCAUGUCCGACCUGGUCAUCUGCCGGCUGUGCAGCUGCUCGGCCACCGUCCUCGGAAACACCCAGAUCAUCCUGCUCUGCGAGAAGGUGGCCAAGGAGGACAUAUCCGUGCGGUUCUUCGAGGAGAAGAAUGGCCAGAGCGUUUGGGAGGCCUUCGGUGACUUUCAGCACACCGAUGUGCACAAGCAGACUGCCAUCACCUUCAAGACGCCGCGCUAUCACACCCUGGACAUCACAGAGCCCGCCAAGGUGUUUAUCCAACUGCGACGUCCCUCGGACGGAGUCACCAGCGAGGCCCUGCCCUUCGAGUACGUGCCAAUGGACUCAGGUAAACAUACGUUCUGGAAUCUUCAUCGGCACCUCAAGCGGAAGCCCGACGAAGAUCUCUUUCAGCAGAUCCUCAGGUUGGACGCCAAGCGGGAAGUGCAGGCGCCAACGAUUGAGGUCAUCGAUUUGGAUACACCGAAACUAGAGGUGCAGCAUAGGCUACCUUUGGAUGUGGACUUUAACCAGGAGGAGUCCCAGCAAGAGGAGCCAGCCUUUGAGCAAGAGCAACCCGUAGAGCAAUAUACACAAGAGCAAUCUUUACAGCAGGAGCAAUACUUACAGCAGGAGCAAUCUUUUCAGCCGGUGGAGCCUAUGCAGCAGGAACUGCCAGAGCAGCAAUCCUUGGAUCAGACCUCGGAUCAUAUGCCCGAGGAUAUGGAGGCGGCGGAUGCCCAGGCUGAGGCCGAGGCCCAUCGCCUGCGUUCGGAGCAGGAAAAAGAGAUUGACACCAUUAUCGACGAGAAGGUGCGGGAACUGGAGCAACUGGAUCUGGGCCAGCACUUGGAGCCGCGUCCCUUGACGGCCAGCGAUAAGAUCACCGAGUGGAUGAAGUCCAGCGAGAUCGAGCAGCAAGGCCACGAACCAAGUCCCACUGCGGAGGAAUCAGACGUUUUGGACUCGGCCCUUGAGAUUUCCAAGACAGAUAAGACCCUGGAUGAUCUGCUCGAGACGGUGGCCGAACUGGAUGAGAUUUACACGGACUUCAAGGUCCAGCGCGAUACGUACAAUAAUACCAUUCAAAACGAGUUGGCUGGCAUUGAGGGACGUGCUCCGCUGCAGGUGGAGGAUAGUUUCGAUGACGCUGCCACCUAUACCAGCCUGCAGAUUGCUUUCAAGAAUCCCGUACUCAUACCCAUGGAGGACAUAAUGCCCCCGACGCCGCCCAUGUCGCAAUGCGCCCCCGAGGAUGCCCAUCAGCACUACGAUCCCGUGGAGGUGAACUCGCAGGCAAGCAAGCCAGAGUCCAGUCCAUUGCGACCCGUCCCUCCAGCACCGCCAGCCAUUCUGACAGUUCCAUUUCCGCCGGAGGAGGAGAAGCUGCCGCCCUUGCCACCGAAAAGGAUCCGCAAGCAGGACAGCAAUGCGGAGAAUCGUUCCAUCGAGGCCAAUACGGUGCAGGCCAGGCCAUCCACAGCUGAAUCUCCCCUCAACAAGAGACUCCCUCCCGCUCCAAAGAAUCCGAACUUUAACACCCUGCCCAGGCAGAAGAAGCCGGGAUUCUUUUCGAAACUCUUCUCGCGACGCAAGAGCAAACCGGACUUGGCCCAGAGUCAGGGGCUGGAGAGCGGUUCCUUGCUGGACUCCAAGGCGACCAGUCGGGAGCCCAGCAUAGGACACUUCAACAUGCAGGAUCCGAUGAGGGCAUCCCUGCGCUCCUCCAAGUCGGCGGCUCCGUUCAUCUCCAGUCCAGCACCAGCAACAGACAAGUCCAGUCCUGUGAAGGCCAAGAAACCGGGAUCGAAGCUGACCAAGCCCGUGGGCAGGAGUGUGAGCAGUGUUUCCGGAAAGAGACCCGCUUACCUAAACGCCGAUGUGGUGCACAUACCCCUGAAGGGCGACAGUGUCAAUAGUUUGCCCCAGCAGCAAAGAAACGAGGGCUACUCCCAGUCCAGCACGAUUUCGAUGGGUGCCGGUCUCGAUAGACGCACUGCGUCCGCCUUGCAGCUGGCUGAAAUACCAAUUAGCGAGGGCGGCAUGGAACUGGUGGCCAUCGCCGAUCGCCAGAGUCUGCACAAUUUGGUCAGCUCCAUCGAGGGGCACUUUAAUGUUCAACUGGAUCCCAAUCUGGAUCUUACCGAGGCCGAGCACUUCGCCUUGUACACGAGUAUUCCGCCAAUUGCUGCGGCCAGUGAAUUCGACGAGACCUCCGCCUAUUAUGCUCCCGUGGAUGCUGGCGAGAUAUUGACUCCCGAUGAGGUCGCCAGGCGAUUGGCGGCGGCAAAUGGCCUCUAAAUUUUGUUGAGAAUAUUGUUUAUAGGCAAACGAACCGAGGGAAACCCUCUAACGAAACCCAAAAAUCGAAGAAAGUUGGAAAGUCAAGUCAGAGGAAAUUGUAUUUUCCCGGAAUCCAUUUUCAUCCUCUCUGGCGCCACAAAUUGUCCACUUGUGUGAGGGAAUCUGAAGCGAAAUCCCUCUUCGGAACCCUCCAAAAUUUGUAUUUGUUUUAUAUUUGAUAAUUGUGCUAAACGUAUCCCUGAAUAUUUUGUAAGCGAUACCAGGCAAAAGACCCGAAAAAAGGGUCAAACCAGAUUUGUUAUUGUCCAGGUGGCCCAUUUAAAGGGCCAACCUACCUAUUGUAUUUAAGCGAAAUCACUCAAUUUUCAGAGUAGAGUAAGAUUUCCCAAUGGAAUCGAAUAUAUUGUUUAAAUUGAAACCGAAAACCCGAUUAUAUGUACCUACAACGCGGUGUAUAUAUUUUGUCUUAUAGAUCCAGCGCACUUGAGGCGGAAACGUCAGAAGACUGGCGGUGAUCCCAUGCACCUGCUGCUCCAGCAGCAGCAGAAACAGCAAUUGCAGAACGACCACCAGGAUGGCAG